AUGAAAGAAAGACAAAAAGACAAAGAUAAGUCUAGACAAGGUAAACCUUAUGAUAAAGAAAAAUCAUCUUCUGGUAAACUUUUCAAAAGUAACAACUUUGGCUCUAACAAUAGCAAUUCAUCAUCGUACAAAUCAUCAUCAAGAGAUAAUCAAAAUAAAUCUCAUCGACCUUCUGGUUCAUCUACUAAAGGAUGUAGAUAUUGCAAAGAUGAAAAUCAUACGAUUGAAAAUUGUGCUAAAUUAGUUGAAAGACGAAAGAAAGAAGCUGCUCAACAAAAUCGUAAUUCAUCUAAUACAACCGUUCCCGCCAUUGCUAAUUAUCCCGCUAAUAUGACUUCUCUUGUUCCUGAUACAUCAAUCAUUGAUAAUUCAGCCUCAACUCCACAAGAGACCGUUCAAUCAAAUAUUCGUGAACCGAUUCAAAGUGCGAUUCGAAAUCCAUUGCCUUUGCAACAUCAAGAAAUGUUCAACAACUUACUAAAGUAG